AACAAGACAGCCACGGCACAUCUACCUUCAAGCGCCAAGCAAGCAUGGACACGCCCCAUCGCUCGAUGCGCUUCCUCGCGAAGGAAGCUACCGUCGGCAAGAUGCAAGCGCCGGACGAAGAGACGUCGGCGACGACGCCCGCAAAGAAGACCGUGGACAUGGCCGACUACAACAUGGACCUCGACGAUGAGGCCCUUCCGGAGGUGGAAGAGGACUCGGAGGUCGCCGAGCCAGGCCUCGCCCUUCUGUUCAAGUGGAACGACAUGGACAUGCCAGCGUUCCUCGCAGCAAUCAACGCUCCAGCAACCGGCAACCUUGCCCUCCCCGUCUGGUUGAAGACGCAUCCUCCGAACGUCUCGUUCGAUUCGUUCACGACAGAUCUGCUCGAGAAACUCAAGCCGAACGCCAACGACGACCGCGUGGCGCCAGGGUGGAUCGCGCCCAACACCGUUGAAGAAUACGGGGCCAUCACGGCAGCGCUGCACGAUGUUGAAGUCCAUCCGUUCAUCCAGGCGGCCAUGGCGGCCGUGCCGCGCGACAAUUGCUUGGCCGAGACGUACCAUGUGACCUUGAGCCACAACGUCCACCCGAAUGACCGCCACGCCCCACCGGCGCCAUUGCGCCGCGUCUUCCUUUAAGCGCGUCGACCAACAUGCCGUUUAACUUUAUCCCGAGAGAUGACGUUGUUUGCAGAGCUGUCUAGUGUGCGGAUCGACGCUUCCAUUGCAAACCGUUCGCAGAUAAGCUGGCUAACGUUAGAGAAAAUGCCGGUUCAG